AUGUUUGAAGAACCCAUCAAAGCGGAGCCUCCCGCUGGCGAACAGCUCAUCAUGCGUCCAGCAACCAAGGCUGACUUAGACUCCAUGACCUGGAUUGUGGAAGCCGGGUUUCCUGAUUGUCCACGGGUCCCGGCUGCCCUUAUAAUUUAUGGAAGUGGACAAGAGUGGUGUAUGAAGGGUAUCUCAACGCCUGAAAAGUACGCCUCACUCGUUGUUACCGCACCAGUCCCAUUUGCUAGUGGGAAACGGGUCGUCCACAAGCCCACUUCGAUUGGCGUGUGGGACGUAGCAAUUGAGACCAAGCCUACAGGUGGCGACCUGACCGCCCAGAUGCCAAUCCUGAACAUAUUAGGGCCUACUCUAGGAUGA